GCGCACCGCAUACUCAUGGCAAAUGUCUUCGUGGACUCCAAAGUGAGAGAUGUGAGCUUUCAGGUGGGCCCCUGGACACGUGGCUGCUCUCUUUGGGACAUGGCGUCAGAUGCUACCAUGCAGCAUUGAAGUCAUUCUUCGAAGAUCCAGAGCAGGUGUUUUUGGCCUACACAACAUUUGCAACUGACACGCCCCAAUUCGAUCGGAGUUUUUUUGCUGAAAUUGGAAUUACAAAUGAGGUCCACCAAAACAUAUUUGAGCGCUGGUUCGAAAAAAGGAUUCAGGAGGUUUCAAGCUGUCCUACUUCAACCCUUGCAGCUCUUGCAGUUGGAAGCGGUGUCCCUGGAGGAGUUCAAGAAGGCUCUUAG